AUGCGCUUGGCCCUGGCGCUCGCCAUCGGCACCUCAACCGCCUCCCAGCAAGGCGGCGAGCCCGUGGCUGGGCUCAAGCUACCCGCCCUCCCAGCCUUCAAAGGCUCCUCCCCUGCGCGGGCCAAGCCUGGCUACUGCUUGGUCGCGCCCCAGACGGUGUGCGAGGCAGAGGCGUGUGAGGAUGAAAGCUGCGCCGAGUCCGCCUACGAGGUUGGCGCAGAGCGCGUGAUCGAGAUGCCGCUCCGCGCAACGUGGGAGGAGGAGCUCGAGGCUUGCGCGGCGCAGUGCGCCGAGACCCCCGGCUGCGCUGUCUUCAUGGCGGAGCGCGCGGCGCUCUGGUCGAUUUGCGCCUUCUUCACCGAGUGCCACCCGCGGCUCGACGACGAGGUGAUAGAGGCGCUCCAGACGAACAAGUACGAGUCCAAUGUUUACGUGCCUAGUGCGUGCGCGGCGGAGAUCACCACGGAUUUGCCCGCAGCUGUCGAGCUGCCGCGCUAUGACGCCCCUGACGAGCGGCGUAAGCUCCGAGAAACCCCCGAAGAUUUCUACGAGAAUCCCGGGGUUUCCGUUUACGAGGAGCGUCUGACUACUUUGAUUCGACUCAAGACUGGGGUCACUCCCGAGAAGAUCAUCACGGAGAUAACGCAGGCAUCGGUCCGGGUGGACAGCCAGAUCCUGCUUGACGACCAGGAGUCGUGUGACGCUGUCCAUGCAUGGUCCCCAAACGCCGCAUCGCUGACGUCGGCACUCGAGAUUCCUGUGGAGCGCGUGGUGCCCGAGAACCGCUUCCCCUGCGAGUUUGUGGUUGAUCCUGACACGGUGCCGUCACCGCCGGGAGCGCCACCUCCCGGCGGCGAUGACGACGAGAAGCUCCUCGCGCUUCUUGUCCUCCUCAUCCUCCUGAUCCCCAUCCUGUUUUACAUCUGGGUCAAGUGCAGGUACGGCGAACAAUCGGGCGACUAUUUUGCCUACAAGUUUAGCCACAACAAUCCGUACAUCGUCGUCCUCUACAUGCCAAAGGAGCGUAGCGAGGACCUCAAGAACAAACUCUUCAAGAAGGACCCGCCCGUGCAGCCCUCCACCGGCGGCGGAACCCCUCCCAUCAAGGAGGCCGACGAGGCCAAGGAGUGGCAGGCGGAGGCCCCAGGGCCGUCCCACGUCGACGCAAAGUCCCCACCCGAGACGUACUCCGAGGCUCCUGGCCCGUCCAAUGCUCCCGGCCCCAGCGAGGCGCCGAUCAGCGGCGUGAAGUCGAUGUACAACGCCAUGUUCGGGUCGAGCCCGCCAGCGGCGGCAUGUGAGACGAAGGCGCCGAUAGAGCGCAUCUAG